AUGGAUUGCGCCAAAGGUAGACCCCGACAAGGAAUGGGGACCCGAGUACCCGACCAUCCCUUACGACAUGAAGCUUAUGGUUGUAGAUGGCUUGGUGAAACAACAUGCGACAACCUAGGAGCACAUAAGCUGGAGGAGUAUCGUAGGAGGCUGGAUCACCUUUGGGAAGCAGAGCUUAAGUUCGAUCCGUAUCCAGAACGCAUCGUCGCGCAUCACGUCCACAAGUUCCCGUUGCAUCCCGUUCAAUGGUGCACCUGAGUGCCACUAAUUUGUCUCCAUAUAGUGGAGUGGCACUUGCCGGAUAGAUGUCUACGACAAUUCGAACAUGAGCAAUGCCUACCAUUGGAAGUCUCGGCGAGUCAGAGGGGGUACCACGGGAAAGAUGGUCGACAAGGAUCUACUAAUUGGCCCAAGGAGUUUGAAGAAUUGAUCGAUCUGUGGAAUAAUAGGCAAGAUCAGGAUAUUGUGACGACAUUAGCUUUGGGGCGGAUGGGCUACCAUGACCCAUACAUGGAAACAUACCGAAGACAAUCUAUACAUUACAUGACCCCCAAAGGUGCGGCGGACGGAGCUUUGGUAAGUAAUUCAGUCAUAUUAAUUUAUUUAUUUACUUUGAGCAUCAAUAUAUUUAGUCAUGCGGGGCAUUACUACUUAAAUGGCUAACGUUGUGCUU